AUGUUCAUAAAUAAUUCAACAGUUGACAAAUUUGGAUUGAGCAGAGAGACGGAGGACAUAUCGUACAGCAGACCUCACAUCAGCAAGUUGGAGGACCUAGUGGAGAGCACCAAGUUCAGCAGUGACGAGAUCCGAACUUUGUACAGGGGCUUCAAACAGUAUUGUCCAAACGGCUACCUGACUGAACAGAUCCUCAAAAAAAUAUACAGCAAGAUGUUUCCUUUUGGAGGAAAAGGUAAAUUUGAAAUAAUGAUAAUGAAAUUAAGAUUGCAGUCUGUUUGUCGGAGUGAUCUUCCAUAUGCUGGAUACCCACCAAGAUGGACUGGUCACUUUUGA